GCCCGAAGCGCUGUUGCUCAUGGCCGGCGGCGAUGGGGAAGGGGAUGCAGAGGAGCUCGUGGAAGUGGUGGAUCUCGAGCCGCCCGGACCGAAUGAUCUGGCUGAUGAAAUAGAAGAUGUGGAUUUAGAAGAAGACUCUGCUUGGGAGGAAGAUGAGGGGGUGGAAGAAGGCAUGGAGGCUCAUGAUGACAGUGAGGUCACAUUCUCUAAGCAUACAGCUUCAGUUUUCUGUGUCAGUCUUGACCCGAAAACCAACACGCUUGCUGUGACAGGUGGUGAAGAUGACAAGGCCUUUGUAUGGCGUGUCAGUGAUGGCGAGCUCCUUUUUGAGUGUGCAGGUCACAAAGAUUCUGUCACUUGUGUUGAUUUUAGUUAUGACUCCACUUUCGUGGCCACGGGUGACAUGGGUGGACUCAUUAAAGUCUGGAGAGUCGAUGCCAAAGAAGAGAUUUGGUCAUUUGAAGUGGGUGACCUGGAGUGGACCGAAUGGCACCCCCUGUCCCCUGUCCUUCUGGCUGGCACAGCUGAUGGCAACUGCUGGAUGUGGAAGAUCCCUAGUGGAGAAUGCAAAACCUUUCAAGGGCCAAAUUGUCCGGCUACAUGUGGCCGUGUCCUUCCUGAUGGAAGAAGGGCCGUUGUCGGUUAUGAAGACGGAACAGUGCGCAUUUGGGACCUGAAGCAGGGCAACUCACUACAUGUUCUGAAAGGUAAUGAGGGGCACCAGGGCCCUUUAACAUGUGUGGCCAGCCAGAAGGAUGGCAGUCUAAUCCUGACAGGUUCUGUUGACUGCCAUGCCAAGCUAAUAAAUUCUGCAACUGGAAAGGUGGUGUCUGUGUUCAAGGCAGAGAGCAAGCCUGCAGCUGAGGAGGAGGCAGAAUCCAACUCAGUGGAAUCCCUGGGUUUCUGCAAUGUGAUGCCACUGGCAGCAAUUGGCUAUUUGGAUGGGACCUUGGCUAUUUAUGACCUUGCCACGCAGACUCUGAGACAUAAGUGCCAGCAUGAGAAGAGUAAAUGUGGCAAACAUUUUGGAAUGGCCAGACUUGUAGUUAAGCCCUUGCCUGGUGCCAUUGAAGAUGCUUCGCUUGUGGUUACUACUUCUGGUGAUCACCAGGCCAAAGUGUUUUGUGUGCAGCAACCUGACCGCUAGCAUUUAGGUGACUGGGCACUGCAAGAAAGCGUGCCAUGGGACUGAUGGCAGAUAUACCCAUGGGACUGUGAGCAGGGUGGAUGGAGUUAGCCUAAUAACUUCCUGCAGGGAUGUAACUAAGCAUUUUAUGAUCAUCCUUAUUUUGAAAAGAAAGCUUUGUCACCUUAUCCCCAAUUGAUUGCUGGAGUUUUCUACAAUUAUUUACAUCCCUGGUGCUUCAUACACAAAGCGAUGAGAAAACACAAGUGGGUGGGGCCUGGAUCAAGAUCUGGGCAGCGGUAGGCAUUGAAGUGAGGUAUCUCAGAAGAACCUCCGUACUUCUCCCAGGUUCAAAGAGGCCUCCUUGCACAUAAUUUUUGAAGAUAUGUUCAUGGAGGUCAGAGAUAUCACCUAUGUUCCAUUAAGAUGGGAACAAAUGGACUGUUACGUAGCCUGUGGAGUGACAGUAAGGCUCAUCCUUCCCUUGGUCAUUUUGAGCUUGUGCUUCCCCUUCAAACAAAUCAUGUGGAUUUGUUCAAAGCCAAUCAAACGAUGUUCCUGAGAUGAUGCACAGGCUUUGGAACUCUGGUGGAGACUGAGCACAUCGUCCUGGACUUCAAUGCGUGGACCUCUCAGUGACAAUAACAAGACAGCUCGUUUUUACGUCACUAGACGUUACGACAAAAUAAAAAAAGGCUGUCAUUUGGA